AAAAAUAAGAUCAUGGACCAUUUUAACUAUAGAGACCGUGAUUACAAGCCAAUUUUAGAUAUUAUAGAUAGAAGAUAGGGCAGCCAAAUGUCAUCCCCAUUGUAUUCGGCUGCUUACAUCCUUAACCCAGCCUGUUUAUUCGCUUCUGUUGAUCCAGCAGAAGCACUAACUACGCAUAUGGUUAGAUUUAUUGAUGUCUUGGAAAGAAUGAUUCCAGAUAGAGGAGAACAGGACAAGAUCUCAACUUUGCCGGACUUCUACACUAAAAGUAAAGGGAUAUUCUCAAGGGAUAUCGUAAUAAGACAUUGGACAAUGAAAUUACCCACUGACUGGUGGGCUGCAUAUGGAGUGGACCCGAACAGGAAGGAUCCAGCUCUAAAAAAGCUGGUUAUGAAGAUUCUUGGACUCACGUAUUCUGCCAGUGGUUGCGAGCGCAAUUGGAGCACAUUCGAGGCGAUUCAUACCAAGAAAAGGAAUCGCCUUGAGAAAAAACGCUCAACAACUUAGUUUUCGUUCAAUACAAUCAAAAAUUGCGAGAACGAUUCCAAAGUAGGAAAGAAAAGCCCGGUUUCUUUGACCCUAUCUGCUUAGAUGAGUUGGAUGCAGAUAAUGAGUGGCUCAUAGAGACGGAGGACCCGGUAUUUGCUGGAGAGGAGCUAACAUAGGCACAAGUUAAAGAUACCGCAUAUGG